AAAUAACGGUUACUUAGCAACGAGAAAAACAAGAGGAACCAGCGGCACCAGCUGGGAGAGAAAGGAGGUUCCAUAGGCAGUUCUUACCAAGAAGAUGUCGAUUCCAUUCUCCAACACCCACUGUCGAAUUCCACAAGGAUUUGGGAAUCUUCUUGAAGGGCUGACACGCGAGAUUCUGAGAGAACAACCGGACAAUAUACCAGCUUUUGCAGCAGCAUAUUUUCAGAGCCUUCUAGAGAAAAGAGAGAAAACCAACUUUGAUCCAGCAGAAUGGGGGAGUAAGAUAGACGACCGCUUCUAUAACAAUCAUGCAUUUGAGAAGCAAGAACCACCUGAGAAAUGUGAUCCUAAGCAAGAAAAGUCUCAGAUAUCUGCGAAGGAGGAAGAAACACCAGUCACCAUCUUAAAGCAAGAACCACCUGAGAAAUGUGAUCCUAAACAAGAAAAGUCUCAGACAUCUGGGACGGAGGAAGAAACACCAGUCACCAUCUUAAAGCAAGAACCACCUGAGAAAUGUGAUCCUAAACAAGAAAAGUCUCAGAUAUCUGGGAAGGAGGAAGAAACACCAGUCACCAUCUUAGACUCUUCUGAGGAAGAUAAAGAAAAAGAAGAGGUUGCUGCUGUCAAAAUCCAGGCUGCCUUCCGGGGACACAUAGCCAGAGAGGAGGUGAAGAAAAUGAAAACAGAUAGUCUUCAAAAUGAGGAAGAUGAAGAAAAAGAGGAAAACAAGUGAGGACACUUAUUUUUACCUCCAGGAAACAUGAAGUAUAAUUCAACUCCAUUAAUCUUCUUGUUAUUGUCAUUUUUUCCUGAGUAAGGAAGAUUCGAUGUUGUGAAAUAACAUUUGUUGCUGUUGUGAAAAUCUGUCACGAGCAUUUGUUUAAUAAGGGUACCAUUGAAACAUGCCACUUGAAGAUUUCUCUGCGAUCAUGAGUUUGUUUACACUUGUCUCAAGCCUAUCUAAGAGACCCUUAGAUUUAGAGUUAUAGAACUAAAGUAUCUGAGAUUACAGAGAUCUCAGAGGUUAUGUGGUCUCACCAUUAUCAAAUAAAUAAAUCCUCUCUAUCACAUCCCCCAAA